AAGUUCCCACCGGUUAAGGGAAAGGGGCUUAAGCCAAAUGAAAUUUUGGCUGCUGCUCUGCGAUUUCUAGCUGAAGGCAGCUACCAAAAUGGAACCGUUAAUGAUUACAAAAUAGCUAUUGCCCAGCCUACUUUCUCGGUAGCCUUUGCAAAGUGUUUGCAAAGUGUUUGAACAUUAUCGAAGAAACUCUUGGGAACAAAUGGAUCUCUUUAGCGAUGGAACCAAAUGAGCAACAAGAUGCACGACGAUACUUCUUCUCAAAAAGUGGCAUUCCUGGUGUAGUGAUGUGUGUUGAUAGUACACACAUAAAAAUUAUUGCACCUGUGGACGAUUACGAUCAGCAUUAUAACCGGAAGGGCUAUUACAGCCUAAACGCGAUGAUUAUUUGCGACCAUCUCAUGAAAAUUCGGUAUGUGAAUGCCAAAUUUGGAGGAGCCAAUCACGAUUCACAUAUUUGGAAUGUAAGUGGAAUGGACAACUUUUUCUAAACAAAACAUCGAAGCGGAGAAACUGCAUUCAAGCUACUAGGUAAUACAUUAAACCAUCCUAUGGUGUUGCUUCCCGCAACUGGAAUAGUGCUCGUUCGAAUGUUUUGAUUAAAACAAUGCGCGGUUUCUUAUAACGUCGUAACUUGUGUAUUGCUCGUGAUGUUACAAAAAAAUCCGUACUUGUUCGAAAGAGACUUAUGUUCUCCGCGGCCAUCCCUUUUAUACUUUUCUACUUUCUCCCGAAGACACACACAUUCUCUCUCUCUCUCUCUCUCUCUCUCUCUCUC